UCUUUAUACAACUGUAUAUCAACCCAGAAAAAAAAAAGAGCAUAAACUGUAUAGAUAGAUGCUUUAUCUAUAUUUUCUGAAAUUCAUUCUUUGUUUACUUAUACCAGCAAUUUUUGCAACAAAAUCAAUACAUUCUAAACAAUGCUUACGGUAUCCAGCUUAUGAUUUAGUGUUCUCAGAAACUUGUCCAGCUUACAACCAAGACAAAGUUGACUUUUCUGCUGCACUUUUUCCCGAUCCUUCUGUUAUUUCAGACCUUGGCAAGCCUAGUUAUGAAGAACAGAUCGAGGAACCGAUGAGUACAACAGAGGGAUCGCAGCAAGUUGCUGUACCUUCUACUUCACUACUCGACAAAACAACCAUAGAGCAAGACAGUCAAAUCAACAACAUUACAGAUCAUCCUCAAGAUAAGAGAAAACCACUUGUCUCUUUUGAAGAAUGGCAAAAGAAAGUACUUCAGUUAGAAAACGAUAAGGAUCGUCGAGUCAAGCGCAAGUCCGGGUCGAUUAAAAGUGGCGGGAAUAAACGACAGCAAGUUGUGGAUAGCAUUGAUGGUGGAUUUUCUGAUGAUUUUGGUUCUAUGCUUGAAGAUUUGAUCGGCGGUGUAGUGUCUAAAGAGAAAAAGCCCAAUGUUUAUGCAGAAGGCGAGUAUAUUUCACCCAGCGAAUCUGGCUCCAAUGGCAAAGACAAGAAGAAACAACCAUUUGCAGAUGCUCGGAUCAAAUCACUUAAAGAGCGAUUCAAUUACGCUUCAACAGACUGUGCAGCCACUGUUCGAAAAGCGAACAAACAAGCAAAAGGGGCUCAUUCAAUCUUGUAUGAAUCCAAAGAUCAAUAUAUGCUCAACAAGUGUUCUGCUGAUAAAUUUGUUAUUAUCAACCUGUGCGAACAGAUUGUGGUCGAUACUAUAGUCAUGGCGAACUUUGAGUUCUUUUCGAGUACAUUCAAGGAUUUUCGAGUGUAUGCCUCGUCUAAAUAUCCUACAAACGAAUGGCGUCUAUUGGGUCAGUGGCAAGCUAGAAACACAAGAGACCUUCAAGUGUUUAAAGUGCCUGAUAGUGGGUUUGUGGAAUAUGUCAAAAUUGAGUUCUUGACACACUAUGGCCAUGAAUAUUACUGUCCUCUUAGUUUGGUUAGAGUACAUGGUAUGUCUAUGAUGGAAUAUUAUACCACUGUCGAAAGUCAAGAUGAAGGACCUGUGUUACUUGAAGAAGAGCAUUUAUGGCCAGCAGAAGUGCGUGAACAGAUCAUACAGCCUCAAUUCGAUAUCACAAACACUUCAGAAUCUUUUCCAGUCAAGAACGAAGUAGAUGAGGAUGAAGUCAAAAUCAUCAUACCACCUAUUAGUUUAGGAGAAGCAGAACUGCCUGCUUUAGAUGUGGACAAAGUAGAACAUGCAACAGAGACACCUGUGGAUACAACGGCAAUAGAGGAUAUAAGCAUACCUAUGGAUACAGAUAUUCCUUUGAAAUCGACUAUUUUAUCAUCGUUUUCAACAUCUCAUUUUAAUAUACAGGCCGAGCCUACCCAUUCACAUGUAUCUUUGCAAACAGAUAAACUAGAUAAAAACCAGAGCGAGCCUGACACUAUAUCUACUGUGUCUUCCUCUUUAGCAAACCAUACAGUGGAUUCAUCCCCUACAUUGCUCUUAAUUCACGGCACAAACAACACAAGUACUUUUGGAAACAGUAAUGCAACCACUAUUACUACCAGCAUGACUUCUUCUGGUUCUGCCACAACACCCAAAGUGGUUAUACCUAACACACAUACAAAAGAGAGCGGAAGUACACAAGAAUCUAUCUAUAAAACAAUCAUGAAGCGACUCAAUGUACUUGAAGUCAACAUGACAUUAUCACAGCGAUUCUUGGAUGAUCAAAACAAGAUAUUGAAUGAUGUAUUUCUAGACAUGGAGAAAAGACAUCAAGAACAACUCAUUUUACUCAUUGGCCAUUUAAAUGAAACUGCAAGCUAUAAAAUUGAUAGUAUGAAACGUCGCUAUGAACAAUGGUAUGAAGACUUAAAAGAGCAGACAGAGAGUGACAUGCAGGAAAUGACAACAAAAAUCAGCAUGUUGGCAGAUCAAUUGUCAUUUGAAAGAAGGAUCUCUGUAUCUCAACUUAUUAUUAUGAUCAUCUUGUUUGUGUUUAUGGCACUAUCAAGAGGCACGUUUAGUACUCUAUCUCCUGUUGUAGCUGCCCAACAAGAGCAAAGAAAACGAAGGCAAUCAAUUGAUCCAUCUUUGGGUUUACCGCCAAAAGAUGCAUUUGAUGCCUUGUUGAGAGAACUUGAACCUAUCAAGAAACCUACUAGUUCACAAAAUGAGCCCCCUUCUAUACAAAAACAAGACAUAUUGUUGCCUAAAAAACCCAAAAACCUACGAAGACAUAGUGAUAGUCCUUACCAUACCAUGAAGGAAAGCGAUUUGAAUAUCUUUUCUUCAAAUACAGUCCCAGUAUUGAACAAACAACAAUUUACCAUGGAUGAUUCAGAAGAACUUCAAUGUAAACUAAGUCAGAUCUUUAUACAGCAACAAGAACAAACUGUACCACACGCAAAUACAAUAUCACAGCCACCAAGCAUUGAAGGUUCUUGCUUGAUAAAAAAUCGUAAACGAUCUAGCACAAGUCCACCCUCAUAAUAAAAUUUUCUUUUUUUUUCUAAAAUACAUU